AUGCCAGAUGCUGUGGUGACCAUUCACAAUUAUUCAAUAUUUAGAAGAGAUAGAAGUUGGGAAGGACGCGAUAUGAGAGCAAAAGGAGGGGUAGCAAUAUAUGUUCGGAACAACUUAAAAGUUAUUGAUAUUUAUCGAUCCAGUUUGUACGAACUUAUUGGUAUCACACUUCUGUUACCUACAGGAAACCGCAUGUCGAUAUAUGGCCUUUAUCACCCACCUAGGCACAAUUAUCUGGAGAGCGACUUAUUGGAUUAUUUGAUAAAUAUUUCUGACGACGUUCUGGACAAAUAUCCAGACACUGUAAUUGUUUGUGGAGGGGAUUUGAACAGUUUGGACAUAAAACACCUUGAGGAACUAUCAGGAUGGGAUGCAAUGGUCGACUUUUCAACAAGGGGUAACGCAUGUUUGGAUAACUGCCUUACAAAUAGAAUAGAUUUGUUCUCAAAAUGUUAUCCUUUCCACAUGUUAACUAAAACAGACCACAUGGGGGUUAUUUUACCAGCAGGGACAAAACUAAAACCUAUGCGCCGAAAGGUUGAAUUUCGGGAUUGUAGAAAGCAUCGAAAGGAAGAUUUCCACAAAGCUUUAGCAGAAGAAGAUUGGGAGGAUGUAUCGCAGUCCACGAAUGUAAAUGACUCUGUGAAUUGUCUUGAACGUAAGAUCAAGGAUCAUAUGAAUAAAUGUAUGCCCACAAAAACAGUCUCAAUUUCGUCACGUGACCCUUACUGGAUGAGUCCUUUAAUUAAAUCUUUGCUAAAAUCUAAAUCCAGAAUUGCUCGGUCGCAAAAGGAUAGACUCAGUUUAAUUAACAAAAGGAUUUCUGAUGUCAUUUGUCAAAACAGAAGAAAUUUUAGGGCCUUGGUGGGAAGUAGAACUUGGUGGAGAAAGACGAAUGAUAUUUCUCAGCGAAAUGCAUCGUCAUCAAGAGUUACUUUAGAUAAUGCAUCACUUACAAGAUUAAAUCGCUACUUUGGCGAACUCUGCCACGAUGAUAGUUAUGUCGAACCGACGCUCUUAAUUAUUGGUGAUGAAGUAGAUAUUCCUAGCUUUACGGAACAGCAGGUAUGGAAUGCCUUGAAAAGAAUAAAGAGGACAGCAACAGGUCCCGAUUAUAUUCCCUAUUGGGUUUGGAAUGAUCAUGCGGAAAUUCUAACCGAAGUUAUAACUAACGUCUGGAAUUUGUCCCUUUCAUCACAUACUGUACUUGGCCAGAUUCAUGGAAAAGAGCGAAUAUUAACCCUCUUGCAAAGGUUGAUUUACCAAAGGAAGAUGGUGACUUUCGUGGAAUAAAUAUUACACCUGUAAUUGCGAGGACCUUCGAAAAGCUCGUUUAUAAUAGUCAGGUCAAGUCGACAGUUGAGGAAAUUUUAUCCCCAACGCAAUUUGCGUACAGGCAGGGGGGAGUUGUACAAACGCUCUGUUAACUAUUCAGAACAAAGUACUCAGCUUCUUAGAUAGAGCGAACUGCAAAGCAGUUAGACUGUUUUCUAUGGAUUUUAGCAAGGCUUUCGACUCAGUGAAACAUUCACUCCUCUCGGAAAAGUUAAAAACUGUGCCACUCAACCCUUAUAUCAUAAAUUGGUAUUUAAAUUUUCUAAAGAAUAGAAAGCAAAGAGUCGUUUGUAACGAUUUUUGUGGAGAAUGGAUGGAUGUUAAUAAGGGUACAACACAGGGGAGCGUAAGUGGCCCCUACCUUUUUAAUAUUUUCCUAAAUGAUCUAGAGGUGGACAUAGACGGCGAGAACGCUCUUUUUAAAUAUGCGGACGAUUCAAAUAUAAUAGUGCCAGUUUGGAGUGAGGGUCCUGAUACAUCAACAGAUACAGUUGGACAAUUCCUGAGCUGGUCUGAUGAUAAUUUUAUGACUUGUAACCCUGGUAAAUGUAAAGAGCUUAUCAUCCGGAAGAAGGGAUAUAAUGAUCAACUUGACAAUGUUUAUAAUAUACCCCAAUGCAAAGAACUUCCCAUUUUAGGUACUACUUUUCAAGACAAUCUCAAGUUCACCAGUCAUGUGCGAGGUAAAUUGGUCAAAGCAAACAAAUGCUUGUACGUUAUACGAACACUCAGGGCAGAAGGCUAUAGCCAAUGUGAGAUAGAUUAUCUAUUUAAGACCCUAGUAAUAUCUACUAUAACGUUUGGCCUGUCCGUCUACGGUUCUUCUCCAGCCGAACUCAAUACUCUACAACGGUUUUUUGACAGAUGUUUUAAGCGAAAGUAUAUAUCAGAACCUGUAAAUAUUAGAUAUCUUUUAGAAAUACAAGACAGAAAUAUUUUUAAGGCUUCUGUAAAUCAGAAGAGUGCCAUAGUCGACUUGAUACCAAGAAAAAAAUCCACAAGCUACUCUUUGAGGACAGAGUUUAGUCAGUAUCCAAGAGUGAACACGGAACGUUUUAAAUUGUCGUUUGCAAAUAGAUUAAUUUUUAACUAUAACCUAUUCAUAUGAUGUAAACUUUACUAAUGUAUUCUUAAUAUGUACUUGUAACAUAAGAUAUGUAUUUUUAUCUUUUGAUCUAUUAAAAAGACUUUUUUUUUUUUUUUGAUGCCUAUUCCUGUCCUCACCAUACCUCAUAACCUCAAAGAAGAUGGGUCAUUUCAACAUAAACAUUGAAAUAUGGGUAUACUGACAGCUCUGUCACACGUGUAGUUUGACAUUAGCAGCCCUUCUGAAACAUUUUAAUGAAAGUAUAAUUCACAAAAUUCACAUUUUCACUUACUUCUUAACAUCUGUUUUAAUCCAACUACCUCUGUAGGCACGAGCGAAACUUAGUGUUGAUGUAAAUAUCCAUUUAGCUCAUGUUUCCCUGGUGAAAAUAUAGUCUAUUCCAACGCUGAUUUCAACGUACUUUAGCUUUUCAGAAACCGUUGGCCUUCCUCAGUGAGAUUAACAACUGUUUCACAAACAUAUUUGAUAGUAAACAGCUAAAUUAUUCUCCGAAAGUCUAUAUUUUUGCUCUUCGACGCGAAAAUGGCAACUCAAGAAGAAAUGAGCCGCUAUUUUUGGUCAGCGUCGACAAAUUGCCCACCUGUUCCAGAGCCCCUCGUCGGGCUCGGUCGAACGCGCGUAAGAAGGGCUCUGGGUACGAGAAUGUGUAUUGUCGAGAUCCAUUUUCGUACCCAGAGCCCUUCUUACGCGCGUUCGACCCAUUCUCGUACCCAGAGCCCUUCUUACGCGCGUUCGACCGAGCCCGACGAGGGGCUCUGGCCAAAUCCAUAACUGGAUACCAUAAAAACAUGGUAUCCGGUUAAACACUGCGCAUGCUCAACGUCAAACGCGGAUAAACACUUCGGCUUUCUUGUUUGUUUCAUUUUGAAGUUUUUCUCCAGGAAAACCCCACAAAAGCGGUAGGUUUCGCUAAUUUUAUUUAUUUAAAUCAAUUCGUAGGUAAGACGUGAUGUUCCCAGUGCAUGUUGAUAAAAAUUUAGUAUAUAUUUCCCUCUUAAACGUUCCCAAAGCAGUAAUGGCUACGGAUACGAAGACGAGAGAUUGUCUCACUAUUUUAUAUUCGAUUUUAAGUCGCUGUUGUACAGAUUUUUAGACUUUUUUUGUGUUUUAUUAAAAGUCAACAGUCAUACAUAAGACAUACUAUACUGCAAAUUAUUUGAAAAUUGUAAAAAAUCGGUUUCUAGGAAGAAAAUAGUCAUCACAAUUAACUUCAUAUUCUGGCUGGCUUUAAUAUUUCGAAAUUUUCUCUUCAGAUGGCACGUCAGCUUUGAACAUGUAACACAGAUUUGUUUGAUUAACAUCACUGAUUUGGAAAUACGACGACCAUCUGCCAUAAAAUAUGCUGACUUUUUGCUAUGAGAACAUCACGUCUCAACCUAUUAAUUUCAAUCAACUAAUUGAUUUAAAUAAAUAAAAUUAGCGACAUCUACCGCUUUUGUGGGCGAUUAUCAACAACAAUCUUCCUAACUGCUUCGUACUAAUGUUCUUUCAACUUUAAUAAUGUCUUUUCUCCCAAUUUUCAAAGGGAAACCAACGCUUCGUGGAGCGCUUGUGUAUUUUUAUUCAUAUUUACUAUAAUAAACCAUAUAUUUCGUUGUGGCCAAUCAGAAGCCAGUUUGAUAUGGAUUUGGCCAGAGCCCCUCGUCGGGCUCGGUCGAACGCGCGUAAGAAGGGCUCUGGGUACGAGAAUGCGUUCGACCGAGCACGACGAGGGGCUCUGGCCAAAUCCAUAUCAAACUGGCUUCUGAUUGGCCACAACUAAAUAUAUGGUUUAUUGUAUAAAAUAUGAAUAAAAAUCAAGCGCUUCAUGAAGCGUUGGUUUCGUUUUGGAGAAAAUUGGGAGAAAAGACAUUAUUAAAGUUGAAAGAACAGCACUACGAAGCAGUUAGGAAGAUUGUGGUUGAUAAUCGCCCACAAAAGCGGUAGAGGUCGCUAAUUUUAUUUAUUUAAAUCAAUUAGUUGAUUGAAAUUAAUAGGUUGAGAAGUGAUGUUCUCAUAGCAAAAAGUCAGCAUAUGUAUGGCAGAUGCUCGUCGUAUAUCCAAAUCAGUGAUGUUAAUCAAACAAAUCUGUUACAUGUUCAAAGCUGAAGUGCCAUUUGAAGAGAAAAUAUUAUAGCCAGCCAGAAUAUGAAGUUAAUUGUGAUGAUUAUUUUCUUCCUAGAAACCGAUUUUUUACAAUUUUCAAAUGAUUUGCAGUAUAGUAUGUCUUAUGUAUGACUGUUAACUUUUAAUAAAACACAAAAAAGUCUAAAAAUCUGUACAACAGCGACUUAAAAUCGAAUGUAAAAUAGUGAGACAAUCUCUCGUCUUCGUAUCCGUAGCCAUUACUGCUUUGGCAACGUUUAAGAGGGAAAUAUAUACUAAACUUUUAUCACCAUGCAUUGAGAACAUCACGUCUUACCUACUAAUUGAUUUAAAUAAAUAAAAUUAGCGAAAUCUACCGCUUUUGUGGGGUUUUCCUGGAGAAAAACUUUCAAAACGAAACAAACAAGAAACCGAAGUGUUUAUCCGCGUUUGACGUUGAGCAUGCGCAGUGUUUAACCGGAUACUAUGUUUUUAUGGUAUCCGGUUAUGGAUUUGGCCAGAGCCCCUCGUCGUGCUCGGUCGCACGCGCGUAAGAAGGGCUCUGGGUACAAGAAUGUUUUGUGUCUGUCUCACUGGUCUGUCUGUCAAUCUUGAAACCAGAGCCCGCAAUCCUCUGUGGAGGCUUGCUGAGGCUCUGGGAAACACCGGCGAAAGUCGGGCUCUGAUUGGUUGUUUUUCCACAUCCUCGUCCCCAGGCCCAAGCGGCCCUCAAAGUUUUUCAAGUGCUAAUUAUUAUUCAAACUUUGAGCCGUAUUUAGUUAUUCGGAUUUCAAACAUUGUUUAAAAUUAAUAUAAAGUUUAUUUCUCUUUGUGUAUUAUGUUUAAACAUAUCAAUGAAACACACAGCAUAAUUUUAAUAAACUUAUUAAUCUUCCUUAGCUUCUCAUAUGAAAUCAAUAGAUAGACUAUUCAAAUAUGGAUAUGCCAAUAACAAAAUGUAGAAUAACAGUGCAGCAUUACCAUAUAAGGUCAUGAUAAGCCGUUGCCUAUAAUAUUUAAAAUAACACAACAAUCCAUGAUUUGCCGUAAUUAAACAAGUUAAAAUAAAUCACUACCAGUAUCUUACAACAAUUCAAAACCAUGGCAAGUGUUCUUUGAAGAACUAAGGUCGUAAGUAGCAGAGGAGGUUGGACAGCAGGCCUCAAAGCGUCAUGGGUUUUGAGCGCCUAAUUCCACGCGUGGCUUUCAUUGACUGUUGACUGUCGAGGAGUGAACAUCUCUUUGACUAUAAAACCAAUAUGGAAGCUUUCGAACGACAAGAGUGUCAGGCUGCGAUACUGAUUAAUGUCCAAUACCUCUGCAAGAUGUCCAAUGGACAUAUUGAAAUGUCCAGUGGAUAUUUGAUUUGUCCAUUGGAUCCAAUGGACAGGCAUAAGUCCACUGGACAUUUGGUUGUGCAUUAAGUAAGUUAUAAUAAAUAGAGUUAGAAUAACGUCACAUGCAGGUAGCAGGCCAAUGAGAUGGCAAAGGGAGUAUGUCCAAUGGUCCAUUGGAUCCAAUGGAUCCAUUGGACAGGCAUAUGUCCAAUGGACAUUUCACUUGUCCAUUGGAUCCAAUGGACAUAGAUAUGUCCAGUGGACAUUUGAUUUGUCCAUUGGAUCCAAUGUACUGGAAUAUGUCCACUGGACAUUUGGUUGUGCAGUAAAUAAGUUAUUUCGAAUGAUGUAAUAUGUGGGCAUCGACCCCAUGCAGGUAAGCAGGCCUGUCAGAUGACAAAGGGAGUAUGUCCAAUGGUCCAUUGGAUCCAAUCGAUCCAUUGGACAUGCAUAUGUCCAAUGGACAUUUCACUUGUCCAUUGGAUCCAAUGGACAUAGAUAUGUCCAGUGGACAUUUGAUUUUGUCCAUUGGAUCCAAUGGACAGGCAUAUGUCCAGUGGACAUUUGGUAGUGCGGUAAAUAAGUUAACAGGAAUGACGUCAUAGGUUGACAUCGACCCCAUGCAGGAAGCAGGCCUGUGAGAUGGCAAACGGAGUAUGUGCAAUGGUCCAUUGGAUCCAAUGGAUCCAUUGGACAGGCGUAUGUCCAAUGGACAUUUCAGUUGUCCAUUGGAUCCAAUGGACAUAGAUAUGUCCAGUGGACAUUAGAGUUGUCCAUUGGAUCCAAUGGGAUACACAUAUGUCCAAUGGACAUUUGAAUUGUGCGUUGAAUGUAUAAGUGUGUAACGAGUGUAACUAAUUAAACCGCAUAAUUAAGACGCAUGCUGUUCAGAGUUCAUUUCAGUGCUGAAUGUUAAAAUUAUUAUACAGUAGGUGAAUUAAUUUUGUAACUUAUAAGAUAUGAAACUUUGUUUCACAUUUAUUUGUAUGCUUACUGUUUAAUUAAUUUAACUAUAGAUCAUUAUGUUUCAUAAUUACAAAUUAUAGCUGAAUUAAAAUUGCCAUUUAUUGGCAUUGGCCGCAUUGCGAUUGCCAUCCGGUUGUUUCAAAGCAUGCAUGUCAUUUGAUAUGGGAUUUACCACAUCCAUUGUCACCUUCUGUUCCGCAAGCGGAUGUGUUUGUUUUGGUGACGCGUAAAGGCCGAUAAAGCCACUUUUGUGGAAAUAGUCACAACCUUGAGCUUCAAAAGAUCAUAUUUGAUUAAUAGUUUGUGAGACCACCUAAUUUCAAAAUCUCGUACGCUUUUGAACGCCACGGCGGGCCCCUCGGAAGGCGAGCAGGCUAUGCGAAGGCCGAAGCUUAAAAAUCAAUAUUCGCGACAGGGGUUUUAUGAAAAAAAUUUAUUGUCUUCAACAAUUACUUCGUGCACUGACAACCGUGGCCAUACUAACAUUGCUAACAUGACAUCGUAAUGCCAUCGACUUAUAAUUAUUUUCAUAUAAAAUGGCGAUUACGAUAAUCAGGGCCUAUCAGAGAAAUUCGGAGGCCUGGGGCAAAUUUUUGUUUCGGGAGCCCUAUCUUUCCCCAAAAGGUUGGCGAGCGGGGGAGGAGGUGAAAACUUUUUCCGGACAUUAAAAAAGGGUCAGAAAAUUUUCUGGAGUCGAACACGAGUUUGAACUAAGGUUCAAAAAACUUUUUCCCCACAAAUUCCUAUUACAACAUGGGUAGACCCUUUUUUUCGAUCAAUACAUGUGUUAUACCAUUAUUUAUAGCAAAAAAGUUCGAAAUUAUUUUUUAAUUUUGAAAAUUUUGGGGUCCCCUUAAACUGGGGGGCCGGCGCAAAUUGCCUCCAGUGCCCCCCCCCCCCCUCUGGUAGGCCCUUACCUUUUGGAGAGUGGAAACACUGGUAAUGGUCUCGGAGAUCUCUGUGAUAUUAUAUUUAUAGUCAUAGAUGGCCAGUCUUGCUGAGGCAGAAUCUUUUGAAAAUACAACGUAUUUCUCGCGAAUAUUGAGGGUAACAAAUGUUCUAGGUAUUUCUUUUACAGCCGUACGUACAGUCAUGGAAAUAAUAUCCGUAGACUUUUUUAAAACGCAUCUGUCUUACUAUUUUGUAAAGCCAUUUUAUUCUUAGUUAAUACAAACGCCCAUGAUCGCUAGAAAUAGUAACUCCCCCCCCUCGCCCUACCACAAUGUUGGUUCAAACCAUGGUUAUUGGACUACAAACCAACAUUGUAAACGGGGAGGGGGGGGGGGGAAAUUUUUGAAAAAUCUACGAAUUAAUUUCCAUGAUUGUAGUGUGGUUGAUUGUGCAUGUGUGUAUAUAUAUAUUUGUUAUGAGUUAUAUAUUCGGAGAAGAUGCGGCGUGUUAUUUUGUUUUUACAUGCACAAACUUUUUCAAAUUUGGACAAUGUUAUAAGGCUGCUGAAUCGGCAAUCGGCUUCCUGCGAUUAUUAUAGCGGUACCAUAUAGUGAGUUACGUGUUGAAUGACAACCAGCUAACAAAGUUAAUCCUUACGCCUGUAUUCUAAAAGGUCACUCACAUUAAUUGAGUCAUGAAGAUUCAAUCUGAGCAUCUUUUGAGUGUCAAUGCUGUUUUUGAAUAGCUUGAGAGUGAGUAGUUACAUAGUAAUGUACGACACCAGUCCUCUAUAGCUAUUGAAAAACAGCAUUGACACUCAAAAGAAGCUGAGAUUGAACCUCCACUCAUUGAGUGUGAGCUUUUAGAAUACGCGGGCGGACCUUCAUUUUUCUCUCAUGUGCGUGUAUAUAUUUUUUCUUAUGAGAUAAAAU